AUGGCUGUCGAUAUAGAACAACGUCCUCUCAAAGUUACAAUCAUUGGAGCUGGCAUUGCUGGGUUGACUGCGGCACUUGCUCUGAGGAAACAAGGACAUGAGGUUACGGUGAUUGAGAGAUCACGCUUCGCAGUCGAGACCGGUGCUGCCAUGCACAUGGCACCAAAUGCUACAGCACUACUAGAAUGGAUGGAUGUUCGACCAAGCGAAGUUGGCGGGACUCUGUUGAGACAAAUGCGUCGUUUUGAUGCCAAUGGCAAUCUACUUCAUACAAAAGAAUUCGGCCCUGAAGACAGGAGUCAUUGGCAAACUGAAUGGUAUCUUGUGCAUCGCGUUGAUCUUCACAACAAGCUCAAGUCCGAAGCUACUUCGACAACAAGAGAUGGUGUUCCUGUUCAACUUCACUUGGCCUGCAAAGUCACAGACAUCGAUCUUCACAAUGCCACUGUGACCCUCGAAGAUGGUCGAACCUUCAACGGCGAUUUACUUCUUGGAGCAGAUGGGCUCCACUCUUUCACACGAAAGCAGAUUGUUGGUGAAAUUCAACCCUACGCCGUCGGGAAAUCUUGCAUGCGCUGGCUGGUGUCGAAGGAGACACUCUUGGCGGAUCCCAGAACAGACCGCGCAUCUAUCGAAACACCAGGUGCUUUUGUCGAAUGGUCAGCACCUGACCGCCGCUUGGUAGCAUACCCCUGUGGUGAUGACAAGAUCAUGAAUAUGUGUGCUUUUGCUCCAUCUUCAGAAUUCCAGGAUCCCGAGAACGUUAGCAUAGAUGUAGAGUACAAUACAUCUGGAAACAUGAACCUCAUGCUUCGCGCAUUCAAAAACUUCUGUCCUGCAGUGCAGGCGGCAAUGGAGAAUUCUGGAGAUAGUCUCAAGAUCUGGGACAUGUACGACAUGAAGACUUUACCUAAAUGGUGUGAAGGAUCUUCUGCCAUUAUUGGUGAUGCUGCUCACCCUUUCCAACCNUUGUAA